ACGGUGCAACCGGCCAACAACCAACUCCCGACUCUCCAUAGCCCAAGUCCCGUCCCGGCCCCCACACCCGCAGCACCCCCACAGUCCAAAGUACACCAACGGCUGCAGUUGACCAGUCAACAAGGCUUUGGCCUAUCCCGCGGUAUAGUGGCCAGGCAAGCGCGUAUGCACACCCCAUCCCCUGCGCUGAGUAGUAUAUCCAUACCUACAUCGGGAUCGUCGACUUCAACCCCGAGUAUGGGUACGUGUACGGGUGUGAGUACAAGUUCGGGUUUGGGUUUGGGCUCGACUGCCAGUACCUGCGGGAAGAAAGAGUUGCCAGGUACAACGACAAGUGCGUGGAAGUCGUCGAGCGGGGCUCCUUUACUGUCCCACCCGGUUGUACCAAAGUUUAGUUCCGGUUUAAGUUCCGGUUUGGGUAGCCCUGGCGUAAGCUCCACUGCUAAUCCCUGGGGUAAGCAAUCGGGACUCAGUAGGCCAGGUGGGGCUGAUAGUGGUAUAGCCCAAACCACCAACCCUUGGGGGGAUACUAGGGGUGCGGGUGUUACUACACAGGGCAUCUAUAGCACUAAGAAAGAGAAUCUUACUACUAAAGUCGAGGCCGUCGUUGAUCUGACCGACUCAGGCCCGAGUUCGCCGCAGCAGGAGGCAGUCCAUCCCGGUUUACGACAGGAUGUGAAACCGGUACCCGCCGCUACUGCUAGCAAUCCCUGGGGCAAGCAGGCGGUGGGGAGCAGUGCCACAACAUGGGUGAGCGGGACUACUGGAACUAUAAAUAGUUUCAAUGCCAAUGCGAAUUACACAGCGGGGGUUAAGACCCAGAGUUACACCCAGAAUACCACCCAAAAUAAGACCCAAAGUAAUACUCAGAACGCCCCAUACCAUGCACAAUCUCAAUUCCAAACCCAAUACACGGGGGCCAGUGUGCCAUUCCUACCCAGAAGCUCCUUGCCAUCCCCAGCACCCUCCGCUGCAAGCCAAUUUGCCUCCAGGCAAGGGACUAUUUCAGGGACAAACACGUCCAAUAAACCCGGUCAACCUGUGCAUACAUGGGCGGAUUCGGUAUUUAAGGGAGGUGCGUACAAGCCGAGAAUGCUCGAAAUGAGUGGCAAACUAGCAGCGGCGAUAAAAAUUAUUGAAGCGUCUGUGUUGGCAGGUGAUCGUGUACUCUUUUUCAGUCAGAGUAUUAGCACCUUGGAUAUCUUUGAGCAGCUACUGCAGCAGAGAGAGGUCCCUGUGAGGAAAGCAGAAG